AGGAUGUGGAAGACAUCAGAGAUGGAGCUCAAAAACAAUGCGUUGAAAUACCUGGUUGUGUGUUGUGUGUCUAUGCUGCUGGGCCUGACUAUGGCCAAAGGGAAGGUGGGGGAGAAGAAGAGGUGUGAGGACACACUGACCAUUCCUUCAGACUACUACAAGACUCCUUCAGAGGAAUCAGAGGGAAACGGGAACAUCAACACACGCUCCCUGUCCCCCUGGACCUGGAAACCCAUUACAGUGGAGAACCGUAUUCCUCCGACCAUUUGGGAAGCCAAGUGCAGCUCUAUGUACUGUGUCUACCCCACCAACAGCAGCCAGGCCGCGGGCUACCGGCAGAACUCUGUACCUAUCUACCAGCAGGUCCUGGUGCUCCAUAUCUCAGCCACUAGGAAGUGCUACAUCGUCUCCUUCCUGUCCGUGGCCGUGGGGUGCACCUGUGCCUGGGCAAGAACCUCUUGA